GAAACUGACAAGUGCGCGCAAGCUGAUAUAUGUAUGCGGUAGGUCUUACGUUUAUAAUGCCUGACUGAAUAUUUACUAACAUACUUCUUAAAAUCUUGUGGCUGUCUGAAGCUUAACUGUAACACAAAAACAAGUGAACCAGAAAAAAACAGCUAGAUUUAAGGUUUAGACAUCAGAAUACUAGCUUGAUUUACUGCACAUUGAAUUCGGGAGUACAGGCAUAUUUGUUGACAUCUAACAGCAAUCGCACCUCUGAGGAUUUCAUUGAAAAGCACAUCCUUGGAGAAUGUGACUUCAGAUGUCGGACUUCAAUUGAAAAGUACUGACUAGUUAGUGAUCACCUACAGGUAGGUACGCUUACAACUGAACAGGGAGUCAGUUGAUUUGUGCUUUGGACAUCCAUAACUUAGUUUGACUUUGGUGUGGUCUACCAAUAAAUGGACAUCGAAAUAUCAUGUUACAAAAUUAACCCGUGUCAUUAAAGAGAACUAAAAGACCAGUGAAGAAACUUUUUUUUCAACGACAUCACUUACUCAAGUUGUAUAGCCGUAUUCAUGGUUAUUCAACAAACAAGAUAGCCUGUCAAAGAAUAGGGAGCGCAAUGCCUAACAAAGUAUUCGGGAACUCCAAGCGUUAAAACAGGGUUGCGUAACCAUCGGUAGAGUGGAUUCCAAUUUGUAAGAGAUAAUUGUUAAUUUGGAGUAUAUGAGUGUUAUAACUUGUGGCCUGUGUGCCCUGUUAAUGUACAACGUAAUAAUACCGCCAGUUAGCAGUAAAUUAUCGAUCGGACCAGUAACGCACAAGACACGUACGAGCAGUCUAGAGUCCUUAUUGGUCUUGCUUCCUGCUUAGUCCAGCCAGUUAAGUCCAGAACACCAAUCUCAGCCUCUGUGAUAUGAAUCAUUCAUUUCAUGCAUACUGGGUUUAUAUACCAACCAGACAGACCGCACCGUACCAUAAAAUAUGAAACAACAUUUGUACAAGAAUUAGCCAAAUGUGACAAUGAGGCAGGUAGUAAUUAAUAGACAGGGCAUAAUUCAAGAAUGGUAGAUCGUAUAAUAAUAGUCCAUAGGUCAAAAUGAAGCUUAUGAUAAGAAGGACAUGAAUAUGAAUAGUUUGGUUAUUUAACGAUUGUACGAUAAAAAUAUACUCAUAGUAUUGGUCCAUAAAUGGAUCCCAAAAGUUACUAUUUAUUAUGCUUAUCCGGACAUAACAAUCAGGAAGACAAGGAAAAGUAAAAUUACGUAGUAUUAAUAACGAAUCAUCAAAAAGAUAAAAACGCUAGGGGAAAGUACUCACAGCUAACUCAUACAAAAAUCAAGUGUUAGAGCUAUGGGUAGGAUCCGAGCGUGAACUUUUCGCUUUUUCACGCAGUUAUGGUUUAAAAGGAAUUUUUAACGCCUUUGUAAUACACAGAUUAUUUGGUUUGCGCUCACUUCAAACUCAAUUGUUUGCUUGUUUAGGUGAUCUUGAAAGAUAUAUUUGGUGGAACACGAUGACUAUAGUCGACAAGCUCUUUCAAUAUUUACCUGUUUCUUGUUUCGUAGUUUAUUUUCUGCAUCUGAUAUUAUUCGGCAUGUUUUUUUCCUCUAAAUGUCAUUCUUCUACUAAUUACAGUUCUAAAAAAUCGAUUCGAAAGCCAUUCUGUAUUCACUUCAACUGUAGCUUCACACAGACUGGUUGAACGGCACUAUAGAAAGUGCUUGAAUAAAGUAACCAUCGAAAAAAAUAAAUCCUACAAACAUCUUGUCUUUAGUUUUCCUUUGUCAUGAGAUUCAUAGUACAUCAAUCGAGAUGUUUAAACGUACAUAGUUCUGCUCGGUACAUCAAAUUAAUAGAAUGAAUACCAAUUGCUGUAAUGUAGGCAGAUAAUCUUGUUUUUUUGUUUGGUAAUUCACCCGUAAAAAACUUAGGCUACAAUCCAAAAUCAAACAAGAUAAAUGUGGUGGACAUUCGAGACGCAACUCAAUUUGAGAUUGUUUAGUUAUGAACAUGAUUAGAGAAGAAACUUUUCGAGACCCAAUUCUACAAGAAGUUAGAAAGUUCCAUCUAGAAGGGCGGCCUUCAAAAAUCAGCUCUACAGAGCUUCAACAGUUUUACUAGCGUAGACUCAAUCAUCGACGACUGCCCGUUGUUUGCUGAAUGUGUCAUAAUCCCAAAGGAGCUAUAACCAGCAAUCCUUGACCAGUUGCACGUAGGACAUCCUAGAAGAAAUCGAAUGAAAGCACUAUCACGAAGUUAUAUAUACUGACCGCAUUUAGACUUUCAACUGGAUCAUCUGUCCCAUUCGUGUACCAAAUGUGCAUUAGCAACAGAGGCACCGCGAAAAGCAGAGCUGCAAUCAUGGCCAAUAUCACAGUCACUGUGGCAGCGUAUACACUCGGACUUUGCUGGCACACUUCAUGGACAAACUUACUUUCUGGUAGUUGAUGCAUACAGCAAGUGGCCAGAAAUUUUUCUCAUGGAACACCCAACUGCAAGCUGCACAGUAAACUACUUCAACUAUUCAGUUGUUUCGGAGUCUCAUAAUUGAUAGUUAAUGACAAUGGAACACAGUUUACAUCCGCUACCUUCCCAGAAUUUUGUCGGCAGAACGGAGUAAAUCAUGUUCAAACACGUCCAUUCCAUCCUCGAUCCAAUAAUAAAGUGGAACGCUUUGUGAGCACAUUUUAAAAUGCUCUAAAAAUAGAAAGGGUAGGUGACCACCGAAAAGAUCCUAGCGAGGUUCCUGCUUAUUUAUCGCUCUGCAUCAAACCCUCAGACGAUUAACGGGGUCUCCCCAGCAGAAGCUCUACUUGGCAGAAAAAUACGAACACAUUUCGAUGUCAUCUGUCCUACGCCAGCUCUCGAGCCUCAACGAAGCGUAUCGAUGGGGAAGCAGUUCAGUCGACAUCAUGGGGCACAAAGAUGAUUGUUCACGGUGGGUCAGAAAGUACUUGCUAUGGACUAUCGUGGAAAACAUCCUACAUGGACAGCUGAUCGGGUCGUGCAAGAAAAAGGAAAUGUGGUUUAUGAGGUGUCAGUUGGCUCAAAGUUUGGGUACGUCAUGCUAACCAAUUGGAAGCAACUCCAACAACUAGCAACGAGACUCGUUAUAGAAUAUCUCUUGACGUUCUGCUAGACGCCUUUGAAAUCGAAACGCCUGGAAUAGACAGGUCAGUUUCUGUGCAAGCAAAGAGUGAUACAACUUUAUUGCCUAGAUGAUGGACAAAUCGAAAUCACAGGCCGGUCACUCGGUUGCAGUUGGACCCUAGCACCUGAUCCUACGAACCUGUUCAAAGGGUAAGUGUUAGCGGGACUUAGAUUGGAUUAAGGCAUGUUUCAUGCACGAUUGCUUUGGUGUGUGCUGAUUGACCGAUUCUUAACUAAUCAGCGCUAGUCGAUACUUGGAGAAGUCUCUAGAAUUCUCUCGUGUAAAAACUAUAAAUACACUAACGUUUUUCUUAUUUUGCUUCUUACUUCCAUCUGCUCUUGUUAUUUGGAAUAUAAUUUCUUUCCUGAUCAACCGUGUUCUGAUUUGGGGACUUGUAGAGUGAAUUGGUGUCCAAGGAAUACUAAGCAAUAGGAAUAGCUGAGCUGUAAUAGAGAAUUAUAACAUUUUAAACCCCUUUCGUCCCAUCUGACCAGGUAGAAAUCGUCACCCCAAACGUCUGUGUCAGCUGUUGUUUGUUAAACCCGUUGACACCGUACUUCUAUUUAGUUUUACCAUGAUUACCCAAGGCCGUGAAUUUUAGUUCUAUUUCGUAUUUCUCAUUAGAUUUUGUACCUUUGUUUGGUAAAUGGGGCUCAAACCCGUUACUCAUUAGUUGUGUUGCGUUUGCGUACUUCACUAGUGUGAAAUGAUUUAUCUUAAAAUUUGUAUCAGAUCAGUUUGUUCCCGGCAAUCAUCUUUUUUUCAGGUUAGUCAAUCAUGGGUGUUCCAGCUUUUUUCAGAUGGCUGAGUAUGAAAUAUCCAUCAAUUGUCACCCAUUGUGCAGAGAAACGUGGAGCUAUUUUGGAUGAUGAUGGCAAUAGAUCACCUAUAGAUACAUCGGAGCCGAAUCCAAAUGGAGAAGAAUUCGACAAUCUAUAUUUAGAUAUGAACGGUAUUAUCCAUCCAUGUACGCAUCCAGAAAACAAACCAGCUCCAAAAACGGAGUCGGAAAUGUUCCUAGCUAUUUUCGAAUACAUAGAUAGACUAUUUGCCAUUGUUCGCCCUAGAAGAGUACUGUAUAUGGCCAUCGAUGGAGUGGCUCCACGUGCUAAAAUGAAUCAACAACGCUCCAGACGUUUUCGAGCGGCUCAAGAGGCGAAAGAAAAACAUAUAACUAUUGAGCGUUUAAGGAAUGAACUAAUUGCAAGAGGGGCGCAUCUUCCACCACCUAAGGAAGAACAUUUUGAUUCCAAUUGUAUUACUCCAGGAACACCAUUUAUGGCACGUUUGGCUGUUGCUUUAAGGGGGUAUAUAUAUACUCGUUUGACAAAAGAUCCAGGAUGGAAGAAUCUGAUGGUAUUCUUGAGUGACGCAAAUGUUCCUGGUGAGGGUGAACAUAAAAUCAUGGAUUUUAUCAGACGACAGAGAAAUAAUCCAACUCAUGACGCCAAUACGAAACAUUGUUUAUGUGGCGCUGACGCUGACCUUAUAAUGCUUGGAUUAGCCACACAUGAACCAUAUUUUACUAUUAUUCGUGAGGAAUUUAAACCAAACCAACCAAAACCUUGUGAUUUGUGCGGCCAGAUGGGUCAUGAGAUGGAGGACUGCGUAGGUGCUCCAAAAGAAGAAGAUCCAAACGAAGGUCCUCCUCCACUACCUUCAGGAGAUGUGGAUUUCAUCUUUAUUCGCUUGAAUGUUCUAAGACAAUAUCUAGCAGAAGAUCUGAAGUUGGCCGGCAUUACAUUUGAAUGGGAUCUCGAACGAGUCAUUGACGAUUGGGUUUUUAUGUGCUUUUUCGUUGGAAAUGACUUCCUCCCUCAUCUUCCGAGUUUGGAAAUCCGUGAAGGAGCCAUUGAUCGUUUGAUUGAAAUCUAUAAGUCAACAGUCCAGAAAACGGGAGGGUGGCUGACUGAUAGUGGACGAGUCAAUUUAGAGCGUGUCCAACUCAUUAUGGUUGAUUUGGGAAAGAUGGAGGAUGAGAUCUUCAAAAAUCGUCGUGAAUCAGAACUACAGUUUCGUAAUAGAAAGCGUCAACAUUCAUCUGGCAAUGGUUAUGAUAAAAAUCAACGCGGGUUCGCUCCACAGCGAUUGGGUCACCGCCCAUCAUUCGAAGUGUCUCAGUCUGGUUUUAUGGAACCUAUUCCCCUAAGAGGACGUCACGGAAUAGCACACCCCAAAGGUCACUAUACAAAUCAAGUUGUUUCUGCUGAUGAGUUAUUAGCUGCACGAUGUUAUCAGGGUAGAUGUCAAGAAAGUGUUAAUUGGGUGGAUAGAAAUCUAAAUAACCUCGAGGCAGCAACAGCACUGAAAGCUAUGCUGAAACGCGAUAAACCUAUUGAAAAUGGAAUCUCAAAUAAUAUGAAUAAUCCCACUAUUCUUCCGAAAAUACCUCGAAUUAUUUCUGAUAACAACACAAGUCUACAAGGUGUUUCAUCUGGUCGCAACAACAGAUCAGGUAAUCAUCACGACGAUGAGGAUGAGAUGAUGGAUGCUGCAGAUGAAGUACGGUUUUGGGAAGAUGGAUGGAGAUCACGAUAUUAUCGAUCUAAAUUUGGAGUUGACCCGACAGAUGCACCUGGGUUCUGUAUCAAAGUUGGUCAGGAAUAUGCCCUUGGUUUAUGCUGGGUCUUAGCCUAUUAUUACCAAGGUUGUGCUUCAUGGGAUUGGUAUUUCCCGUAUCAUUAUGCUCCAUUUGCCAGUGACUUCUCCAAAAUCGCAGAACUCGAUGUUGACUUUUCGAAAAAAGAAACAAAACCGUUUAGACCACUGGAGCAACUUAUGAGCGUGUUCCCGGCCGACUCUCGUAGUCACGUCCCUCCAGCGUGGCAGGACUUAAUGACCGAUCCCGAUUCUCCUAUAAUUGAUUUUUACCCAACAGACUUUAAAGUAGACUUGAAUGGCAAACGAUAUCUGUGGAUGGGUGUAGCUUUGUUACCAUUUGUUGAUGAGGUUCGUUUGCUGAAAGCUUUGGAUGCCCGAAGAAAUCUUUUAACAAAAGAAGAGAUUGAGAGAAAUGUUCGUGGUUCAGACCAGUUGUUUUGUAGAGCUGAUCAUUCUGCUGGUCCAUUGUUGCAUUCUCUAUACAAAGUAUCACAUGAAAAGAUUGAGAAAGAUAAUUCGGAAGAACAAAUCAUACCAACUUGGGCAUCUGCAAUUGAUCCACGUGUUACGUUUGGAAUUAGUGGUCUAAUCUGGCCUAACAAAAUGGCUUACUUGCCUGGGAGUCGUGUACCUAGUGCAGUCCCAGGUCACGUUCCUGAUUUAAAGGUUUCUGAAGCUGUAUCAAUAUGUUUUUCAGAUCCUCAAUAUCCAAAGGGCUUCGUCUUUCCUUCCAAGUUACUUGAAUCCGUUAAAAUGCCACCCCCAGUGUACCUUCAACCUCCUCAGCGUGGUAGAGGAAGAGGACGAGCAAGUUUUCGCACCGAUGAACAUCGUGGACGUUUUAAUGCCAAUGCAGCUAUGCAGUACUAUGCUCGAGACAAUUCGUCAGAUAGGGAGGAUACUGGUAGAGAUUUUUAUCCAAACUCACCGAUGAACAGGAUGGUUAUGAAUUCAUUACCACGAUAUCAGCGCAGUCGAGGUAGCCACUUACAGUAUUCAUCUAGAUCAGAUUGUGGCAAACUAAGUAACAACAUUCCACCAAAUUGGCGACCUGGGUCUUUUAAUCGUUUUCCUCCUCAAAAUGAUGCUUAUCAUCGAGGUGGACCUGCCUAUCGUCAAUCUAGUAGUCAUCCAUACGCUAAUCCGUAUUCUGUCCAUCCUCCAAACUUCAGUACAGGCCUUUCCAAUUCAGUCGUUAAGAAUAGCCGCCCACCAUGGUUGCCUCCAAAUGGUAGGGGUUGAUCAAAAUAUCAAAGCUUUUACUACUUAUUUCCAUAUUCAUACUACUUUCUUCCUGCAUUUUUAUAUUUUAUUAUUAUAACACACUAUUAGUUGUAUAUGAUGUAGAAAUUAUUUUGCGCCUGUACAACACAAGUAAUAAAUAUUUACUCCUUUCUCCACCCCUUCUAUUUACAUUAACAUGUAUACUAGUAACUGUAUUCUGGCACAAUUAAAUGGCAAUUUGUAUAGUGAAUAUCACUGAUCAUUUGUCUAUUUCUAUUUAACAACUGAGUUGUGUAGUGACACUAAAUUGUGAAAGACUAAUAUAAUUUUUUCGAAAUUUCAGCUGUUAAUAUAAACAAUUGAUAUUCUGUUCCAAAGAUUUUUAUUAAUUUCCUCAUUCUUAGUGAAUUUUUAAACCGUACUUGUUACGUACUGAACAACUGGUACUCAAUUCAACUAAAUGACUCAAUGGGAUCCAUAAAUAAUUCACAACCUAGGUUCUCAUUGUUUUAGAUUAUUCACUGUCCUAGCCACUAACAGUUGAAUAAACACUGGAUGGUAU